AUGCCCUUUUUUAAAAAAUCUAAAAAUAAACAAAAGUCGUCAAUAAACAGACCAAAGAGAUCUGAAAGUGAAUUAGAAUCUACAUCGGAUGAGAACGUUAAAAUUGUUAAAAGUUCAUCAGCCGAUUCACCAUCUCACUUAUCACCGCGCUUGCGACGGAAUAUGGAGCGAGUUGAAAUGCUCGCUAGACCCACUCCGAGGCGACUCCGUUCCCUCUGGGAUGAGAAAUGUGCCAUAUUGCCUGCAGAUCGGAGAGAUAAGAUCAAGAGUGCUUUGGAAGAGGAUUAUUUUCUUAGCCCUGAGCAAACAGAACAGUAUUUUCAAGCAUUGAAUGAAUCCAAACGAUGGUCAGGACUGAAUGAAACGAUCAGCCGCAAGGAAAAAGCGGAGAUGGAGCGCGAACUUCGACAGAGAGAGAAGUGGCUCAUUGAUUUCAGCGCGCAGGUGGCGUAUCGAUUGUGUGAUUACAUUGCUAAAGGAGAGAAAGAGAUGUUGGUCUCUAAUAGAUUGAGAAGUAUUGCCGAUGUCGUUUUGGAGCGAGUUGCUGAAAUACUUGGAGAGCCAAAACCAUCACGCUCGCACCCUGGUCGCCUUGCCCGCUUCAUGGUUGCGAUAUCCGAUCGCAUUGCAGUGUGGAUAGAAAACGCUGUGUAUCGCGCAAAUGCACUGGAAUGGCGGGAGUCGGAGACGUUCGACGAUCACGUGCGUCUCGAUGGUGAUCAAUCACAAAUAUAUUAA